UAUUAAAAACUCAGAAAUGAGUCGACGACGCUCUACAAGGAAUACCAAAAAACCAACAAAAACAAAAAUUAUUCCCUCUAAAAAAUUAAAAAUAAAUAGAAAAACUUCAAAAAUGGUUUCACCAAAAGAAAAAGUAAAAUCAAGACGACCUUCUCGAAUGAGUUUUGGGGAGGAACAUAUGGGUCAGUUGGAAGAAGCUUUUGAAGUCUGUAAUUAUCCUGAUGUUUAUAUGAGAGAAGGUGAGAGUGAGAUAGAGAAUUUGUUUUGA